CGCAUUCGUUUCGUUUUUAACAAUCACGGAGCAAAGGAGCACGAUGCCAAUUGCCGCUCUCCCACCGGCAACGGCCCAGGCAAUUGGCUCGACAUCCGUCCUCUCUGACCCCUGCGCCGUGGUGAAAGAGCUCCUAGAUAACGGCUUGGAUGCAUCGGCAUCAUCUAUAUCGGUGGAGAUCUCUCAAAACACUAUUGACACUAUACAAGUCAAAGAUAAUGGUCAUGGUAUUGCACCGGAAGACUUUGCAUGCGUGUGCAAGCGAGCGUACACCAGCAAGAUCCAGACUCUAGAUGACUUUAGAAAUGUGGGUGGUCAGUCGUUGGGGUUCCGCGGAGAGGCACUGGCCAGUGCAGCCGAGAUGGCCGAUACACUUACUGUGACGACAAGGACAAAAGAUGAAGUUGUAGGGUCUGCAUUAAAAUAUAAUAGGAAGGGGGACUUGAUUAGUUCCGAUAAAACCUCUCACCCUAUUGGGACUACAGUGUGCUUGGUAGGCUUUUUGAAAAGUAUUCCUGUCAGACGUCAGACUGCAGUGAAGAAUGCUGCCAAGACAAUAACCAAAAUAAAGAAGCUGCUUCAAGCAUAUGCAAUCGCUCGACCCAGUACAAGGAUUUCAUUCAAAGUUUUGAAAAGCAAGAAUGAAAAGGAUAAUUGGACCUAUGCGCCGUCGGCGAGCUCAAAUCUUGCUGAUGCCAUCCGGAAAGCUAUUGGUGUUGAGGUCGCUAGUCAGUGUCUCACCAAGUCAUGGCCUGAUCAAAAUUAUGAAGCGGAUGCUGUGAGGCUGGUGGCCGUUCUUCCUAAAUCGGACGCUGACUUUCCCAAAGUCGGAAACUCCGGCCAGUAUCUUUGUGUGGAUGGCCGUCCCUUGUCGUCUUCAAGAGGCACUCUGAAGGAGAUUGUUCGGUUAUUCAAGUCAUAUGUGCGAUCUGCUGCAAGAACUAGCGGUCACUCAACAUUGUCAGAUCCCUUUCUCUGUCUGCAAAUGACGUGUCCAAAAGGUAGUUAUGAUGCGAAUGUUGAGCCUGGCAAGGAUGAUGUCUUGUUUGCAGAGCAGCAGGAAAUUGUUGCAUUGUCUGAAAGUCUUUUUAAACAAGUGUACGGCGAAGUAGAGAAGGGUUUAGAAAACACAGAUGAGGCUGUCCUCCCUGCAAACGAUUUCACCGUCUUGAUGCGACGGCCUGCGAUACAAGCUCCUCUGUCUCCACCAACGACGAAUCCACAACACUCUGCUCCUGGAGCUAAUUCAUGGACCGCGGUUACGCCACAGCAGGAUGUCUAUUCUCCAUCACAUGAAGCAGGAGGCGCGUCUGAAACGGAGAGAGACGCUGGAAUAGCAGACCGCAACACAACGAACCCGUGGUCAAUUGCCAGAACGCACUUUUUCCAUCAAUCGUCAAGUCCUAAAAGACCAAGCCAACUACUAACCCCAAUUCGACGAGAUUCAAGUAGAGGCGCAAACACAAUCAACAUCAAGGCAUCUCAAUCUAGUCCUUCGGAUGUUUCUAGUCCAGCCUCCCACGCUUCUUCGCCACAGCAAAGACGUGGGUCCGGUUCUAGGUUUGGCUCGGCAUCUGUAGAAGGUCCUCCCAGGCUGCAUAUUUAUUCAAAGGCCUCUCGGGAACGUGAUCGAGAGCGUUAUGGAAAUGGAUCUCUAGAUACGUGGUUCACCAAACAAAACCAGCCGGUUCUAUCCACAUCCACAAGAGACCAAUCACAUGAUCAAGACGGGGCAGAAAGUGUUAUGCUCGACGAUCUUGAUGCUGAUGAUGUUUUCGAAACUCGGACAAAGUUAAUCAACAAGGCAUUUAAACCCCCUGUUCCAAGCGGCGGACGAAGCUCUAGAGCACCAGAGCUAUUCUCUAGCCAAAUAUCAACUCCAGACGAUGGCCUUGCGGAUAUUGAGAGACGUGACAAACAACAAGAAUUUCCGGUCAUGGAGGACUGGUCGUCCAGACUUCAUCAACCUUCUCCUGUUAUUGAUCAUACUCAAAGCCAAAUCUCAGACAGCCAGGAAACUGAGUAUGCUCUUGAUUUUGAACGCAGAAAACGCGAGGCAAAUCUAGCUCGUCGACGGCAAUUGCAAAGCGGACAGCUAUCUCUGACGACUCCUGCGAGCAGUCAAUCUGUAUCAAAGUCCCCACAUCAAAAUCGUUACCUGGCUGCACGAGCGGCCCUUUCAACGUCUACCCAGGGCCAGGCAGAUCUCCUUCCCGUCGACGAACCCUCUUUGCAAACCAAUGAACCACAAAUGAGCGACAGUGAUCCGCGUGCAUAUUUGAUGCGCGAGCUUGAAAGGACCACUUCAGGCGAGACUACAAAAAAGAAACGCGCCUUCACGAACCGUUUACCACUGGAAAGGAUUCCCAAUGGGUUUGACAGUCAUGAACUCUCCCUGGAACUUUCUCUUCCAUCUUCAAUUACUGCCUUUGCUAAAGAAUGCAAACCUGUGAUGACCAUCGACGAAUAUGCAAUCUCUGGGAAAGAAUACCGGCCAUUCUCACGUCCUGAUAAUCAGGGUCUUGCUGAGAUAUGCAAGACUUGGGAGGCGACACUUUCUAGCCUUGUCAAAAGCAAGUAUCGACUAAGAGACGUCGAUCUAUAUGGCUCUGAUGACGGGUCUGAGGAUGCGCGUCUCGAGGGCAUCGACAUCUAUGCCGCUAUUCAGCGACUUUUAUAAAUGAUAUUUAGAAGCUCGAUAUAAAUACGGUUUAUAGACAUAUAUAUCACAACGGUAUAAAAUCGACCUAAAUUAGGGUGGAGAGCUUGCAUCGACUCACC